CCCUCUCACUUCACUGUCUCUUCCACUACUAUUACUUUCACUGUUUCCCUUCCCUCUCCCUCAUUUACUCGUCGCUAGCAUCAAGGUUUACAAGAUCUAUUCAGUAAUCUCUACUUCCACCGUCACGAUCACGAGUUUCAUAUUUCAUUGCAUCGCCCACUUUCUGUGUCGCCAUCUUACGAUCUCUUAGUUGCAUCCGGUCUUUUACUUUUUGGCCACUUUUUUCUUUUUUUUUUUUUUUCUUACCUUACAUUUUUAUCCGAGUGUUCUAUUAUUGCGCCUGUCAGUCAUCAGUGGUGUCCUCGGUCUCUCACGGUUGUUCCGGUUCUCCCUGAUGACCGCUCCUUUUUUGGGCUGUCUCAGAAUCUGUCUCGAUGGAUAACGCCAAUCUGUGGACGCGCCGGACCAACUCCGCCAAGCUGUCGCUGUCCAUGACGGGGCCCGACGGCAAGGAUGGUGGUGCCAACCUUCCCCGCAGUCACACUUCGAAGCGUUUUGGUCCCGAUAGCUCCCAUGGCCGUUCGAAUCCCUUCAACGCAAUAUCUCCUCUAUCCGGUGGCGUCGCAUCCCCCUCCACGAAUGCCUCGUCCGCGUUUGGCCUAGGUUCCGGCGCUUUCGCCUCGUUUGGUGCUCCCAAGACUCCCGGCGCUUCCUCCGACACCGGUUCCUCAAAGGCUCCCGGCGACAAACGAGACAUCAACACCACCGAACAAGCUGUGGUAGAGAGCCAGAGGACUAGGGGUUUUGGUGCCGGCGCCAAAGAGCAUCCCUUGAAGUCGACUUGGGUGAUCUGGUACCGCCCCCCUACACCGAAAUACUCCGACUACGAAAAAUCCACCAUUCCCCUCGCAUCUAUCUCGUCCGUGGAGAGCUUUUGGUCGGUAUACGCCCACCUUAAGCGACCCUCUCUUCUCCCUACCGUUUCCGACUAUCACAUCUUCAAGAAAGGCAUUCGUCCAGUAUGGGAGGAUGAUGCAAAUAAGAAAGGCGGCAAGUGGAUUGUACGGUUGAAGAAGGGUGUGGCUGAUCGGUACUGGGAGGAUCUCUUAUUGGCUAUCGUUGGCGAUCAGUUUGCAGAGGCUGCCGACGAGGUUUGCGGUGCUGUUCUCAGCGUGCGGAGUGGCGAGGAUGUUCUGAGUGUCUGGACCAGGAUUGAUGGAGGGCGGAACAUCAAGAUCAGGGAAACGAUCAAACGUUUGCUUGCCUUCCCGGUUGACACCAAUAUCAUAUGGAAGAGCCAUGACGAUAGCAUUGCUCAACGCUCUGCGAUUGACCAGGCUCGCCAAGAGAAAGCCAACCAGCAUCACCAGCACCACCACAAUAACAACAACCACCAUCAACACCAUGGAGCCGAUCGACGGAGAACGGCGGCCAAUGACGACUCUACUGGAGAUAAAUGAAAAGGGACGGCGUCGUGAUAUGCUUUAUCUGUGCCUGAAUUAGGGCCCUGUACAGUAAAUGGGAAACGCAAUAAAAGAAGAAAAAAAAGCCAAAAAAGCUAUUGGGAUGCGUUUAGGAUCGGGGUACUGGGCGAAUUCUACAUCUGAUUUCUGACAUCUAUCACUAUCAUUAGAUUCAUGCCUGUUAUUGUAAGGCAAAAAGGACUAGAUGCAUAGUGAAAUACAUGCCAUUCGACAUGUUCAGUCGUAUUUCCUGU